GCGUUAAACACCGAAUCCAUCUCAUACCCGGCCAGCCAGACUCCGAGGCCAGGGACCCCCAAGGCCUCCGCCCGGGGCCUGGUCUCUGCGCUAGGCGCCGGGCGGGGCCUUCCCUCCAUCGCAUGGCCUGCUGGGAGUUGUAGUCCAGUCAUCGGAGCACUCCAAACCCCGCCCCUCUGCUCCGCCUCCUCCUCGCCCGAGAAGCAUGAGCCCAAAGGGGACCGCAGGUCGGGACCCCGAGAACGGGGGACUACCAUUCCCAACAGGCCGCAGAACCCAGUACGCAGCCACAGGUGAUGCCAUGGAGAGUGGAAAGCCUGGACCAGUGCAGGUUGUUUCGGUUCACAAAGAGCAGCAUUCCUUUGAGCUAGAAGAAAAAGCCUUGGCCAGCAUCCUCUUGCAGGACCACAUCCGAGAUCUCGAUGUGGUGGUGGUGUCAGUGGCUGGCGCCUUCCGAAAGGGCAAGUCCUUCAUUCUGGACUUCAUGCUACGAUACUUAUAUUCUCAGAAAGAAGGCGGCCAUUCAAAUUGGUUGGGUGACCCAGAAGAACCACUGACAGGCUUUUCAUGGCGAGGGGGCUCUGACCCUGAAACCACGGGGAUUCAGAUCUGGAGUGAAGUUUUCACUGUGGAGAAGCCAGGUGGGAAGAAGGUUGCCGUUGUUCUGAUGGAUACCCAGGGGGCAUUUGACAGCCAGUCGACUGUGAAAGACUGUGCCACCAUCUUUGCUCUGAGUACCAUGACUAGUUCUGUCCAGAUCUACAAUUUGUCCCAGAACAUUCAGGAAGAUGACCUUCAGCAGCUGCAGCUCUUCACAGAGUAUGGCCGCCUGGCAAUGGAUGAAAUUUUCCAGAAGCCUUUCCAGACACUGAUGUUUUUGGUUCGGGACUGGAGCUUCCCUUACGAAUAUGGCUAUGGGCUGCAAGGGGGCAUGGCGUUCCUGGAGAAGCGUUUGCAGGUGAAGGAACACCAACACGAAGAAAUUCAGAACGUCCGGAACCACAUCCACUCGUGCUUCUCUGAUGUCACCUGUUUCCUCUUACCACAUCCGGGGCUGCAGGUGGCCACGAGCCCUGACUUUGAUGGGAAAUUGAAAGAUAUUGCUGGUGAGUUCAAAGAGCAGUUGCAGACGCUGAUCCCAUAUGUAUUAAACCCCUCCAAGUUAAUGGAAAAAGAGAUCAACGGCUCGAAAGUUACCUGUCGGGGACUACUGGAGUAUUUUAAGGCAUAUAUCAAAAUUUACCAAGGGGAAGAUCUGCCUCACCCCAAGUCCAUGCUGCAGGCCACUGCUGAAGCCAACAACUUAGCGGCGGCAGCCGCUGCCAAGGACGUGUAUUACAACAACAUGGAAGAGGUUUGUGGGGGCGAGAAGCCUUACCUGUCCCCUGACAUUCUAGAGGAGAAGCACAGUGAGUUCAGACAGCUCGCUCUGGACCACUUCAGGAAGACCAAGAAGAUGGGCGGGAAGGACUUCAGCCUGCGCUACCAGCAGGAGCUGGAGGAGGAGAUCGGGGAGCUGUACGGCAGCUUCUGCAGGCACAACAGCAGCAAGAACGUCUUCAGCACCUUCCGCACGCCCGCCGUGCUCUUCGCGGGCAUCGUGGCCCUCUACAUCGCCUCGGGCCUCACCGGCUUCGUGGGCCUCGAGGUCGUGGCCCAGCUGUUCAACUGCAUGGUCGGGCUGCUGCUGAUAGCGCUGCUCACCUGGGGCUACAUCCGGUACUCCGGCCAGUACCGCGAGCUGGGCGGAGCUAUCGAUGUGGGUGCGGCCUAUGUGUUGGAGCAGGCUUCUUCUCACAUUGGUAAUUCCACUCAGGCUGCCAUGAGGGAGGCCGUGGUCGGGCGGCCUUCCACGGAGAAGAAAGCGCAGUAGCAUCGGAACGUGAGGACCCUGCGAGAGCCGCCUGCCGCCGCCAGCCCCUGCCGAGUCCUGGCUCCCGCCGCACCACGGGGCCUGGCCGAGGAGCCGAGGCUGUGAGACCCCUGGGCAGCGCGGACCUGUGGCGCUGUAAUAAAUGACCUGGCCUCCCUGUGGGUCCAGAUCUUAGACGCUUCCAUGUCUCCUGGCAGCCGUUCCUUUCGUGCUGUCACGGAUCCAAGCCCGUCUCUGUUUUCUUAGUGUUCUCUGCUUUGUGCACUUUAUGGGGGAAGAAGCUAAAGGAAACGAUGGAAACGCCGCCGCUUCAGUGCCUGUGGGAUUGAGCCUGCGCUGCCGCAGACGCUGCGGGGUGGGGGGCGCCUCGCGGAAGGUGCUGUCGGUGCAGCUUCAACUUCUUUUAUACCUUACUCUUCUGUAAAAGUUUACAGAGCUGGGAAGAGCUUCCGAACUGCAGUCCCCAAUCCUGAUGCCCUUGCACUCAGAACACCGUGUCUAUGAUCUUAGAGAACCUGUUUGUCAGUGUGGGGAGAACCCCGUCAUACGGAAAUAUCCCCGGAAGGUCGGUUCACGGGCAGCCUCACAGUUUAGCUGCAAAGUGCUCUUUUUGUUGUUGUUGUUCCUAUAGCUUCUUUCUAGAAAAGAGGCGAAUGUGCCUUGAAAAGCCAGGCUGGCUCAUCCUAAAUGGAAGGAGCCGGAUCCCCUAAGAAUAAAAAGCUGCGUUUAAGUGAGCCGUGUGACCUGUGGUCUGCGCGUGGCUUUGUGCCUUGGUCAGACUCCCGGGGAGCUUGGACACGCACGUGUGCGGCUCGCAGCUCUCACACACAGUGGCCAUUUGAGAGGUUUUGUGUUUGAGUUCUGUGCAAGAAUAGAGCUUUUUUAAGGAUUCGAGGAAAGACAUUACCAAAUAUUAGUGCCUUUAACUGAUGUCCCAGUUCCUGUGGCUGAGCGGUAAUUAGUGAUUCAACGGCCUGUUUUACAGUCUUGACCCAAGGUGUUUAUUUGCAUCCUCCUAUGCACCGUGUGGCCUUCCUGAUAAUGAAGCUGAAGUCGUCACUUUGAUGCGGUCCCUCGGCCUUUAUUUACUUUUGAAUCGUCUCAUGGCCUUGAAAUCGCUUUGGCUUAAUGAGGACCAAAGUCACCCACAUGCAGGCAAUGUCUCCACGCAUCCACUAAUUCUUUUUUAUUUACCCUGAUUGUAUGAUGAGGUUUUUGUCUGUCGGUGGCUUUUUCCUUUGAUUUCUAAUGAUGAAUUUUUGUGGAUUUUCAACUUCCUCACACCCACCUUUAAGUAUUUGUAUAACCAUUCAGGUGUGUGAGCCUUAAUUUUUGUGGUAAUUUUUGUUGUGGGUGGGAGAUAGAAGGGCGUAGGCAAAAUCGGAGUUGUCACUUUCACAGAGACGAGGUGUGAAUGGAGAGUAGGGAAAAGGGAGCCUCCCAGAGGGUGUCUUCUGGUGGACGCUUCACCACUGCAGUAUUUUGUAAGUCCCCCGAUUAAUUCCAAGCAUAUUAUGUAUUUUUUAAAAAUUCUUACAUGCUGUCUUGCCUGGAGGUUGUUACUAUUUUGCUCACUUGCUAUUAAAAUUUUAGAAAACUUCCAGCGUGUUCUAAGCCGCUGCUUCUCGGUGGCGGGAGCUUUGACUGCAGGUUGAGAGCUGUUCGCGUUCUGGCCGUGUUCAGGUGGCCUCCCGUCCCUGCAGGCUCCGCUCACCAGGAGGCCUCGCGGUUAGACUUCCCAUGCCUUCUCUGAGUAAGAGCAUUGACUGCAGAGUAACUGUCAGAAGUCAGAACUUUAAUAGUGAGACAGGGUAAUGUGUCUGAAAUUCAUGCUAAGGUGAAUUCUAAUAUGCACGUUCUAAAAAGCACGUUUGCUUUUUACAGUGAUAACUGCGUGAUUUAAUGAAAGCUUGGGAUUUAGUUCCUGUGUGGAGCCACCAUUUCUGUUUUGGCUUUUAAAGGAAUAACCUUGGCUGAUUAUCCAGCGAAGUCUUCGCUCCCCGUUCAGUUCCCUGUUCUGCCUCUAGAAAGCGUUUGCAGGGUUUCCUCUGGGACCUUUUUCCUGUGACAGUGAUUAGGUCAUUUGCAUUCUCACGGCCACUGCUGGCUGUACACAGCCUUGGUGUCCAGGUUGAGAUCUACCUGCUGCGUUCUUUGAGCUGUGAGUUUGCGCAGGAGUUCUGGCUGUGGUGCGGCGUGUGCUCCCCCCCGCCCCCAGCAGGCCCUCCCUCGCUGGUAAUGUGCACAUGUCCCUCCAGUGUGGAUACGGAGCACCUUCCUCUGAACAUAAUAAUCAAGGAGUUCCUCACAGUUUUUUUAUUAAAAUAUCUCAGGACAAGUUGGUUGUUGCUAAUUUUAAAAAGGACUUCCAAAUUAGCUCCCUACCAUAAAAAUAAUAGAAUCAAACCUUUGGAGCUUGCGCUGAGGAAUCUCUCUAGAUUAAUUCAAGGACAAGGCAAGGAGAAACCGCCAUGAAUAAGGAUAAGCCAUGUUCUCUGUUCUAACUCUGACCACGCUGGGUAGAAGUACCUGCGAAUGUAGGUUCUGUUUCCCCACUCUUUCUCUCUUCUCUCACUCACUUUGGACACCACGUGCACGUACACACACACACACACACACACACUGCCGUGUGUUUGCUGUCAGCUUCCUCAGCAGGCCAUGUGCAGUGUUCUUCCCAGCUUACACACACGGUGCCUUGAACAGGGUGAGUGUGGGUGAGUCUGUGUAUGUGUGAGUUACAGAGAAACUGAGUAGGUUGAUUCAAGUCCAGCGAAAGCAAUAAAACCUAAGCAGCUUUACUUUUUUCCUAGCGUUUAUUUUUAAAACUAUGUAACUUACGUCAGUUUCCUCAUGGAGCUAUUGCCACAUAAUUGAGCAUGGUUUGGGGUUCACAUCUAAGGCGGCCAGCGUGGGCUGUGUCCUUCUGGCUUGGGUUCGAAUCCAGCAGAGUCUCGGGGUCAGGGCGUCAGUCACGGAAGCACAGAGCCUCUGUUAAAGUGGCAUCAGGAAGCCCCUUGUGAAAGACCACGGAACAGCGGUUGAAUUUCUCCUUAGGUUCAGUCCACUGUGCUGUGUUUGGAGAAUUGGCUCUGGUCGACCCCGGCGUUCGUGAGACCCGCCUAGGGAGCUUGUUAACCAAACAGAAGGGGAACUCCCAGCUUUGGUCCCAGAGGUUGCCUCGUCGGAGGUUCAGGGAUUGGAGAGUCUGCUCGUGGCAUGGGAAGCCCCAGGAGAGAUGCCGCGCAGUGCUGUCUGGGCCGCGGCUGCUGCCCAGUGCGGGAAGCGUCAGCGAGAGGUUGCACUGAGCGCGUAAGGACGUCUGAAUCCAGAGGCUGUGUGGGCUCCCUGGGGCUUUCUCUAACCGUCACAGUGCCUUCCCUGGAGAACGAAUGGGCGGUUACCCUGUUACUAACAGGUGUAAUUGGAAUUCCUAAGGUUUUGAUAGCUGUAUUUUUAUUUUUCACUUAAAAAGCAAAAUGUAGCACUGUGACUUGAAACCCUAAAUCUUCCACACACAGGAAACCGUAAACCAUAAAUAAAAAUAAUGAACAGUAAAGAGGGGCAGGCUCAUGACUUUGAUAAUUAGCGGCCUCAGGACCCCAGGUCCAGAAUUUUCAAGCUGGACCUAGAGGUGGAGCGGUUUUGCAAGAAACUUCUCUGGGAAGGACUUUCACGGGCCAGAAAUUCAGGUGUCUCACGGAGGGGAGGUUGCACGGAUGCCCGGCGCGUUCUAACUUAGAUCAGUAAGUGCUGUCCUGGAUGUUUGCCUUAAAAGGAGUUCAUAUUAAUCUGGAACAUUCAUAAACUUUCCUGGGGUUUCUCUUGUAUUGUUUUUCUUUAAAAAUGAUUUAUUAAAAAUACUUUAUGCUAAACCUUUGCCUUUGAAUGGCUUUAAAUUGUAUAAACCGUGCAAUGAGAUGAGAUGAUGCCGCUAAUGUACUUGAAGCAUGUUUCUGUUUCACUUGUAGCUGCAAGGUUGUUUAACGGAAUAAAGACCACAACACCA